AAGAGUUCCUGUUCUUGCCUUUUUUCGAACCAUUUUCCGAACUUGUUCUGGUUUCUUCCCCAUUGCUUCAAAACAGAUUCCUACAGUGUUUUCUCUUUAGGGUAUUCAAGGACUAUCUGAAAAGGUAUAUCAGCGAGAAAGAAGAAUAAUGAUGCUAAGAAGCUCUUCAACGCCAGUUCUUGGGUCUCUCCUCUCAUCCUUCCCAGAAAGUCCCUGUAAUUCCAUGCACUUUGAAACCUCCCACGUGGUGAAGCAUUUAUCACCAUUACCAACAACCAGUGUUCCACACCAUAACCACAAACUCUCUUUUCGCCAAACUGGGCCUCUCAAUCUCUCCUCCUUCUCAUCCACUUCCUCUCCAAUUUCACCCUCGAUUGCUGACCUUGAUCUCCACAGGGGCUUCAGAAGAGCUCAAUCUGAAGGCAACCUGGAGGACCUCGCUUAUGCUUCUUCCUGCAACAAAAGUUUGUUUACAUUGGACACAAUUCCAUCUUUUUCGUUCAGGAACUACAAGGGCUUAAGAGAAGAAGAUGAAGAAGACGAAGAGGAAAGUGAGUUUGAGGAGGAGGAAGAAGAAGAUGAAUGGGAAGAAGAGAAAGAAAUUUCAAGUACAAUGGAGGGUGUCAAGAAUUUGAUUGUGACUGAAGAGGUGAGAGUUGAGAAAGGAACUUGCAGGGCGGGUUUUGAUGAGCAGGAAAAGAUAAGUGUGAAGGAAACACAUCCCACAGUAUGGUUUGGAACUGAAGGUUGUGGGGACGGCAUGGGUGGCUGCAAAGGAGGCGGCGGAGGCGGCGAAGAUAACUCCAUGGGCUCCGGCGGCUAUGAUGGAGAAAGGCAUGAGGUGGAAGAAUAUUACAAGAGAAUGGUGGAGGAAAAUCCUGGAAACCCCUUGUUCCUGGGGAACUAUGCUCAGUACUUGUAUCAGCACAAGAGAGACCAUCACGGGGCUGAGGAAUAUUACUCACGAGCCAUACUAGCUGACCCAAAAGAUGGUGAAGUUCUUUCACAGUAUGGAAAGUUAGUGUGGGAGCUACAUCAGGACCAAGACAGAGCCUCAAGUUACUUCGAACGAGCAGUUCAAGCCUCACCCCAAGACAGUCAUGUGCAUGCUGCAUAUGCUAGUUUCCUUUGGGACGCUGAAGAAGAUGACAAUGGCUGCAUUGACCCCCAGUGCUCGCCACCACACUUCCAUGAGGGAGCCAUGGUGGUUUCUGCGGGUGCUUGAUUCAUUGGAAGAACUUAUGCCCAUGGUCUACAAGUAUAAUGACUGAGAUGUAUUUAGAACCUUUGUACUGAUUGUUCAGUGAAGUCCCAAAACGAAUAGCGAUUCCAGAUUCUCGAUCCGGUGAGGAAAUAAAGAAAGGAGUGCCCUGUCCAGGAGAAGCAAUGAAGCCAUGAAUAUCAUCUGCAUGAUAAGGAAUGGUGCGGUGGCAUUUAUAUGUAUCACAGUGUCAGAGGGGGACAUUUCAACAGGAGAACUAAGAAGAAUGAAGUUUAAGGAAGACGGUGAAGUUUUGUAAUGGCAGGGGACAGUGUCUGUGAAAAACUGGAGCACGCAAUUGCGUGGCCUAUUUAAUCUAGCGAUCAAGCAAUUACGUCUGGUGACUACACAACCAUUAGCCACCUGCAUGUGGCAUACCCUAGAGACUGAUUUACAAUUUUUUUUUUUAAAUAUGCAAAAGAUUCUUAGAAGAUUGAUUUA